CUCAGCGGUUUUUGGUCCCAACACUUUUUAAAGCGUUAGUUAAAGUUGUCACUCCCAAGCUCUAUAAAUUAAGUGCCACCCCCCUUCAUUUUUACUUCACUCAUCUACUCUGCAUUCUGUCUCACCACUGCCUUCAAAGGAAAAAAAAAUGGCUUUCAUUGGGUUGCUCUUGGUGGGGUUUCUCACAAUGUUCUCCUCUGCUUAUGGGUAUGGCUAUGGUGGUGGUUGGGUUAAUGCACAUGCUACCUUCUAUGGAGGGAGUGAUGCUUCAGGAACAAUGGGUGGGGCUUGUGGGUAUGGGAACCUCUACAGUCAGGGGUAUGGAACAAACACUGCUGCACUGAGCACUGCUUUGUUCAACAAUGGUUUGAGCUGUGGCUCAUGCUAUGAGAUCAGGUGUGUGAAUGACCACAGGUGGUGCCUUCCUGGCUCCAUUUUGGUCACUGCCACUAAUUUCUGUCCACCAAACAAUGCCUUGCCAAACAAUGCAGGAGGGUGGUGUAACCCUCCUUUGCACCAUUUUGACCUCUCUCAGCCUGUUUUCCUAAGAAUUGCUCAAUACAGAGCUGGAAUUGUGCCUGUGUCUUACAGAAGGGUACCCUGCAGGAGAAGGGGAGGCAUAAGGUUCACAAUCAAUGGUCAUUCUUACUUCAACUUGGUCCUAAUAACAAACGUAGGUGGUGCUGGUGAUGUGCAUGGUGUGGCCAUCAAAGGGUCCAGAAGUGGGUGGAUGCCAAUGUCUAGGAACUGGGGUCAGAAUUGGCAAAGCAACAACUACCUCAAUGACCAAAGCCUCUCCUUCAAGGUCACCACAAGUGAUGGCAGAACUGUGGUGUCCUACAAUGUUGCCCCAGCUGGGUGGUCCUUUGGCCAAACCUACACUGGUGCUCAAUUCCACUAGAACUUGAAAGUUCCAAAUAUUUGAUCAUAUACUACACCAUAUAAAUAGUACUACUAUGUUGUAAUUUCUCAAAUAGUAUACUAGGGUAUUAAAUAGUAUGCUACUUGGUGGAGGGGGUGGGAUCAAUUAGCAAUGGCAUUCUAGGGAUCACAAAAUGGUUAAGGGCUUAUUUUAAGAUGGCCCUUCACCAUUUUGAUUGUGUCACAAGGGGUUUCUAAAUCUUGGGACCUUCUUGAUUAUUGGGUUUUUUUUUUUUGUUUUUUUAAUUUUGGAAGCUUUUUCAAUCUUUCUGCUGCUGAAAGCUAGCAGAGAUGGAGGUUUUAUAUUUUAUUGUUAUAUGUGACCUACUAAAUUGGAGGAGGUGGAAUAUUGUACCACCCGCCAUUAGUAUUGGAAUUUUUAUUUAGGGUCCCUAUUGGGAUUGUUAGAAGCAUUGUUUGCUUACUCAUGUGGUGUGAGCAGCCAUGGCUAAGUAUGUUUUGUUGUACUCAAAAGUGUAAAUUUUCCUAUUUCAAAAUGUAAUGGAAAAUUGGAGUAAUUUACUACUACUA